GUGUGAAUGCCGCAUUUCAUGAAUGCCGCCGUGCGUUUUCAUCGACGAAACUCGCACGUGCGACACCCGUACCCGUCUGAGACGAAGAAGAAACCAAUCCGUCGUAUUUCUAGCGCAUCUCUCCGCCGACUCGUUGUGUCCAGAUCACUCGUCUUCAUCUCGCUAGCCCUAUCUUUCCUGCUCUCCGGUGAAAGCAUGCUGUUCUGCCCAUCCGUCAGCGAUGUCUGCACUGUGUGAGGCGUGCCGCGUCUUCAACAUCAGCCGCGACCGAUUCCGUUCGUCUCCGUUCUCCGAGAAACGCAUGCACCAGCUGGGCUGGUUCUUCGAUGUCGAGAAACGCACAUCUUGCCCGCUUUGCUCUCUCAUCACACAAGCUUUCCGCGAGGGACCAGUACAAGACAAGUAUGUUUUUGAAGGCUCGCGUGUGCAGGGUUCGUGGGUCCAGAUUUCCGAAGGCAGGCCCGAGGCUGGACUCGAGUUCUGGUCUUUGGGCAAACACGAGGAUUUAAAGGUGCGGCUCAGUGUAAGACUUCUGCCCGAAACCGACGAGGAGCCAAGCAUUGGGAUGGGCGUCCUCAUAGAUCCAAACAGCCCACACGUACCCAUCGACCGAAUCAGGGACUGGAUGCAUCGUUGCGAGCACCACCACCCGUGUCGUUCCGUGCCAUUGGCUUCGACUAGGGCCGGAAGGCUGCCCUUGGCCUUCACUGUAGUAGACGUUGAGAAUAUGUGCUUGGUCGAGCCAGAGAGCGACUGUCGAUUUUUGGCGUUGUCAUAUGUGUGGGGCACAAGCAACAGGUUCUCCUCGUCAUUGCCUGCCAUGAGGGCUCUCUCGAACCCCAACAGCCUUGGAGCUGUGCUAGGCCGUCUCGCACCUUCGAUUCGGGACGCUGUCGAACUGACACAGAAAUUAGGAGAGAAGUACCUCUGGACUGAUGCGCUUUGCGUUUCCCAGUCGGGCGACGCGGGCCAGGAGAUGGCCAAAGACAACAUAGAUUCCAUGGAUUCGAUUUAUAGGCAUGCGGCAUAUGUGAUCAUAGCUGCAGACGACGACGCUCCGGAUGGUGGCAUAGCAGGGGUGGGGAAAUUGUCUCGAAAAGUUCACCAACACGCGGCAGAGAUUAUGCCUGGUGUGCGUGUUCUUGCUCGCUUUUCACCGCAGACUUAUAUGAGUCACUCGCGAUAUUCCACUCGCGGCUGGACGUACCAAGAGGAUCAGCUAGCCACUCGUUCGCUGAUAUUUAUCAACAAUCAAGUCUAUUUUUCUUGUCCAAACUACGCCUACUCCGAAGAUAUUGAGGCCGAACGGAACAACACGCCUGACUUCACCCUUGUCUUUCAGCAGAAAGUAAACAAGAUUCUGUACCGAGAUGCUAACCCGGCAGCGGUGUAUUUCAGGUCCGCAGAAGCUCUUAGCCGGCGUGACUUCACUUUUGCAGAUGACUAUCUCCGCGGGUUCGCUGGCGUAGCAGCUGUCCAAAGCCAGAUCUUGGCCAGCCAGUUUAUUGCCGGUCUCCCAACGUGCAUAUUCGAUGCGGCAUUGCUGUGGCAGCCUGCCCGCCAGUUGAAGCGUCGAAGGGGUUUCCCGUCAUGGUCAUGGGCGGGCUGGCACGGUCAAAUCCGGUGGCUCGGCGAUACCAUCGAUGGCCUGUAUCAGGACAGUCCUGUAGCUUCCCUAGACAAGUUGAAUUCGUGGAUACGAAGUCGCACUUUCCUUCGAUGGUACUUCCUGAAUACGCGACGCCAGGUCGAAGCAGUCUUCGAUGCUCGUACGAGAAGAUCUUUCGGAAAGAUGUUUUGGCCCUCAUCGGAUGAAAAAGACCCGUCGCCCGCCGUAGGUUACACGGGAGACUUUAACGAGUCCGCGCCGUUUGACCAGGACGAGGACGAAGACGAGCAAAUUUAUCUCGAGAGCACUGGAUUGCAGCUCGCCAACAGCAAAGAGCGUAUCAUACCGCUAUUGUUCAAGACCCUCGUCGUCACCUUCCGUAUCCAAGCCUCGACAGCAUACCUCCGGUACGGAAGCAUUGACCCAGUUUGGGAACCCAGCGGCCGCGUCGUGUUCCUCCUGCUAAACAGGAACAAUGCUGUUAGCGGCUAUGUGCUUCUUGACGAAUCGUGGCGGCAACACGACAUGUCCUUGCAAGAGUUUUUGAUCCUGUCCGAAGCAAAUUACUAUUGUGACUGGGCUCGACCCCAUGAAAAUCAUCCGUAUAAGAAAAGUUACGAGUUCGAGGCGUGGGAUGAAUAUCAUGUCAUGAUGGUGACGCGCAGGACACUUGAUGUAGGUUUGCUCGCCGUGGAACGAGCAGGCGUUGGCCGUCUGCAUAAAGAGGCUGUGAAGGAUGCACAUGGUGAACAAGCAGAGGCAUCAAAUGUCAUACUCGUGUAAGGAGAACGAAGGGCGGUAUAUUUUGAGACGCGCCUUGUCACUGGCCCAAACUACAUGCACUUCAUCAAUUUGACAGUUUUUAUGGUCCUAGAUUGGACGAUGCAUAUAUAAAAUAUCUAAGUAAGGUCCCACGACCAUUUGCGCGUCCAACGAAGGCCGACUGCCA